CGGGCUCCGGUCCCCGCGGCCGGCCGGCCUCACCCUGUUGCCCCCUUCGUGCCCCGCAGGCCCCGGGCCUGAUUCCGCGCCCUGCGCCAUGCCGAGGGAGACGGAGAGGGAUGCCAAGGAGCCGGGCACCAUGAAAGAGGACGGCGGCGCCGAUGUCUCCGUUCGCUCCAGGAAGAGGAAGGCAAACGUGGCCGUUUUUUUGCAAGAUCCUGAUGAAGAAAUCGCCAAAAUUGACAGGACUGGGAGAAGCCAGUGUGGCAGUCAGCCUUGGGACAGCGGUCCAGUGAGUGAAAGCCCCUGCUCCCUGAUCCCCACACCUGACAAAGAAGAGGACGAGCUGGUGUACCCGCACCCCACGCACCAGCCUCACAGCGGCAGGCCGGCCCGAGCCUCCCCGCUGCCCGUGCUGAACUGGGCAAAUCGAGAGGAGGUCUGGAAAAUCAUGUUAAACAAGGAGAGGACGUACCUAAGGGACAAGCACUUUUUACAGCGGCACCCUCUCCUGCAGCCGAAAAUGCGGGCGAUUCUUCUGGACUGGCUGAUGGAGGUGUGUGAAGUCUACAAACUUCACAGAGAGACCUUUUACUUGGCACAGGAUUUCUUUGAUCGAUACAUGGCCACACAACAAGAUGUCGUAAAAACGCUUUUACAGCUUAUUGGGAUUUCAUCUUUAUUUAUUGCUGCCAAACUUGAGGAAAUCUAUCCUCCCAAGCUGCACCAGUUUGCAUACGUUACAGAUGGGGCUUGUUCAGGAGAUGACAUUCUUACCAUGGAAUUGAUCAUCAUGAAGGCUCUGAAGUGGCAUUUAAGUCCCCUGACCAUUGUGUCCUGGCUGAAUGUCUACUUGCAGGUUGCCUACCUAAAUGACGUGUAUGAAGUUCUCCUCCCGCAAUACCCCCAGCAGAUCUUCAUCCAGAUCGCAGAGCUUUUGGAUCUCUGUGUCCUGGAUGUUGGCUGCCUAGAAUUUUCCUACGGCGUACUUGCUGCUUCUGCCUUGUAUCAUUUCUCUUCAUCUGAACUGAUGCAAAAGGUUUCAGGGUACCAGUGGUGUGACAUAGAGAAGUGUGUCAAGUGGAUGGUUCCAUUCGCCAUGGUUAUAAGGGAGACAGGAAGUUCAAAACUGAAGCAGUUCAGGGGAGUCGCAGCUGAAGAUGCCCACAACAUCCAGACCCAUCUGAACAGCUUGGACCUUCUGGACAAAGCCCAAGCAAAGAAAGCCAUCUUGUCUGAACAGAACAGGGUGUCUCCUGUGCCCACUGGGGUCCUUACCCCGCCACCCAGCGGUAAGAAGCAGAGUGGUGGGCAGGGAACAGCGUGACGCUGGCCUUCUCCAGAGACAGUCGUGCGAAGUGCCUGCCCCAGUCCCGUCCGUCUAGCCGUCUGCUGUGGCAGAGGCCGCGGUGGCAGCCGCGGUGGCUUUCACAGACGUUUCAUGGAGGGACGCUCCCCUCCCGCAGCUCCCCUUCCUGUGGAUGGCGUUGGACAGGGAGGGGCGUCCUGUCAAGCGCCAGGUGCUCUCUCAGCGGGUCAAGUGCACCAGCCGCCUCCAGAACACCGACGACGAGUGCUCCAAAUGCUGCUAAGGUCGGUGCACCGGUGACACGCCUGGACGCCGCGGGCCGCGUCAGGGCGCCUCCCCGCGGUUCUGGGCUGGCUGUGCCCCGACGUGGCUGGGAGGGUCUGGUGUGGCUCCGGCAACCAGCUGUGCUGGGCCCGCCCUUCCACGUUUCUAGUUGACAAUGUAUAAUGCCUUUUAUGAACUGUUGUUUUGUAAGUGCUGCUAUGUCUAUCCGUUUUUUAAUAAAGGUAACACUGUCUUUGAGACA